UUCCAGCUGUCCUGUCCCACACUAGCUGCAAGACUAUGGGGACCUGCAGAGGGAUCCCACUAUGGAUCCUACCACUCUUGUGGGGGCUGCUCAAUGCUGAACUAUAUACAGAUUAUAUCCAAGAAACAGAGGGAUCAUCAUCCGAUGAUAGUACUGGCUACCCACUUCUUGAAACUAUCCUAAACCAGACAGUUUUAAAUACAACACUAACCAUUAUCCCAGUUGUGCGCCCAACCCCAGUGGUUAAAGUUAUCAACCCGGUUCACAAUAACAGAGUAUGCAGCACCUGGGGAAACUUCAACUUCAAGAAUUUUGAUGGUGAUAUAUUCCGUUUCCCGGGAACCUGCAACUAUGUUUACGCUUCCCAUUGCAAAAGCGAUUAUGAAGACUUCAACAUCCAGAUUCAACGCACUGGUAUCAGCAGUAAUCCAGUGAUGAAUAAGAUCACCAUAAAGAUCAAUGGAGUGGUGGUGCAGGUCAAUAAGAAGACUGUGCUGGUUGAUGGAAAAGCAGUACAUUUUCCCUACAAUGGUCUUGGUGUUCAGAUUGAGAGCCAUGAAUUUUCCAUUAAAAUCAGCAGCAAACUUGGCUUGGUGCUAAUGUUAAACGAUGAUAACAGUCUCCUGCUGGAACUGGAUGAAAAGUAUGCUAACCAGACGUGUGGAUUGUGUGGGGAUUACAAUGGCAUAUCUGUCCACAAUGAAUUCAUUAAGCAAGGUGUCCACAUCACUGAAACUCAGUUUGGAAAUCUUCAGAAACUGGAUGGUCCCACAGAACAGUGCCCAGAUGUGAUACCAGAACCUAAACAUAACUGUAAACAAUUUAAAAACAUCUGUGAAAAUGUAUUAACAAGUACGGCCUUUGCAAACUGUCACUCAUUGGUGGAUGUUGAACCAUACAUUGAAGCCUGUCAGCAGGAUCUGUGCCACUGUGAUAGCAAAAUGUCUUCCACCUGUAUAUGUAGCACAUUGGCUGAGUACUCAAGGCAGUGUGCCCAUGCUGGGGGUCAGCCAGUCAAUUGGAGAACAAAACAUUUUUGCCCCAAGAAUUGCCCUUUAAACAUGGAAUACCGAGAAUGUGGCUCGGCAUGCCCUAACACAUGUACCAACCCAGAAAGAGCAGCUCUUUGCAAUGAACAUUGUUUGGAAGGUUGUUACUGCCCUAAAGGAACUGUUUUUGAUGAUGUUUACAACACAGGCUGUAUUCCUGUGGAUAGGUGCCCCUGUAUAACUGGGGGAGAAACAUACUCUUCUGGGGAAUCUUAUUCUACUCCAUGCAGUACCUGUGUAUGUUCCUCGGGGAAGUGGAACUGCAAGGAUCUGCCUUGUUCCUCAACUUGCUCUGUAGAAGGAGGUUCCCAUGUCACAACAUAUGAUCAGACUCAUUACAACAUCCAUGGUGAAUGUAACUAUGUACUGACCAAGAUGUGCGAUGGCAGAGCAUUCACAGUUGUUACUGAAAUUCGCAAAUGUGGUUUAAGUGAAAGUGAGUCCUGUCUAAAGAGCAUUAUGAUCCUGCUCAAUGGACAGGAAACUAAUAUACCCCAACAGAAUAUUGAAAUCAAACCAGAUGGCAGUGUGUAUGUGAAUACUAUCUAUACCCAGUUGCCACUUUCUACAGCCAGUUUCAUCAUCUUCCAACCUACCUCUUUCUACAUUAUUGUUGAAACAAAUUUUGGACUCCAGGUGACUGCUCAGCUCACUCCCUUAAUGCAGGUUUAUGUGACAUUGCAUCCAGCCUUCCAAACCAAGACAUGCGGUCUCUGUGGAAACUUUAACAGCAUACAAAAAGAUGAUUUCCUAACAGUAUAUGGAAUUUUAGAAGGAACUGCAGCAUCUUUCGCCAAUUCUUGGAAGGCCCAAGCUGAUUGUCCAAACAUAAAGAAUGACUAUACUGAUCCAUGCUCUCUGAGUAUUGAAAAUGAACAAUAUGCUUCACACUGGUGUGGUCUUAUAUCUGACCCAAAUGGUCCUUUCGCUGCUUGCCACUCAAAAGUGAGCCCACGAAGGUUCCAAAAGAUCUGUAUGUUUGACUCCUGUAGCUGUGAGAAGAGUGAAGAUUGUAUGUGUGCCGCCCUCUCCUCUUAUAUUAGGGUCUGCCUAAGCAAAGGCGUCAUACUGACAGAAUGGCAAACACAUACCCCAUGCUCUAAAUAUUCCAAAUACUGCCCUGAAUCAUUACACUACACCUCUUCUAUGAAAACCUGCCAGCCAACCUGCCGCUCUCGCUUUGAGCCGGAUACCACCUGCAACAUCAAGUUCCUUCCUGUAGAUGGGUGCGGCUGUACUAAAGGGUUCUACAUGGAUGACAGUGGGAAAUGUGUUCCCGAAACUGCCUGCCCCUGCUACUACAAGGGGAGUGCUGUGCCCUCUGGACAAGUGGUCCAUGACAAUGGAAAGCAAUGUUCCUGCACUCAAGGACAGUUGAACUGUAUCGGCGACAAUAAGCCUGAAUGCACUGCUCCCAUGGUUUAUUUUGAUUGUAAUAACGCAGCAAAGGGCACAAAAGGAGCUGAAUGCCAAAAGAGUUGCCAGAUAUUGGAUACACAGUGUUACAGAACAAAUUGUGUCUCUGGCUGUGUCUGUCCUGAUGGACUAUUGUCAGAUGGAAAAGGGGGCUGCAUUCAUGAGGAUCAAUGUCCAUGUGAACACAACGGAGCCACUUACCAACCUGGAGAAAGCAUUAAAGUGAAAUGCAAUAAUUGUACAUGCAAAAAUCGAAAGUGGGAAUGUACUAAUGAACCAUGUCUAGGGACCUGUGCUGUGUAUGGAGAUGGACAUUAUAUCACUUUUGAUGGGAAACAAUACACUUUUAAUGGAAACUGUGAAUAUAGUCUUGUGCAGGAUAAUUGUGGUAGAUCUGAUAGCAGCAGCUCUUUCCGAGUCAUUACUGAGAAUAUCCCAUGUGGAACUACCGGCACAACCUGUUCUAAAGCUAUCAAAAUCUAUCUAAGGAGCUUUGAACUUAGUCUUGCAAAUGAACAGUUUGACAUAGUGAAAAGAGACCCCGACGCUAAGGUACCAUAUACAAUUCGUUAUAUGGGUAUCUACCUUGUUAUUGAGUCUGACAGUGGGCUGAUCCUGCUGUGGGAUAAGAAGACUAGCAUCUUCAUCAAGCUCACUAAAGACUUCGAGGGUAAAGUCUGUGGUCUGUGCGGUAAUUAUGAUGGAGAUGGAAACAAUGACUUCACUACUAGGAGCUUGUCUGUAGUAGGGGAUCCUGUGGAAUUUGGAAACAGCUGGAAACUCAACCCAACAUGUCCCGAUGCCAAUACCACCAGGGAUCCUUGUUCUGCCAACCCAUAUAGAAAAUCAUGGGCACAAAAGCAAUGCAGCAUCAUCAACGGCAAGGCAUUUUCUGCUUGCCAUUCUCAGCUUGACCCAUCACAGUAUUAUGAUGCCUGCGUUUCCGACUCCUGUGCUUGUGACAGCGGUGGAGACUGUGAGUGUAUGUGCACUGCAAUUGCCGCCUACGCUCUUGCCUGUGGCGAAGCUGGCAUUUGUGUUUCCUGGAGAACCCCAAGCAUUUGUCCUGUUUUCUGUGAUUACUACAACCCAGAAGGUGAAUGUGAGUGGCAUUACAAGCCAUGUGGUCACAGCUGCAUGAAAACUUGUAGAAACCCCACCGGGAAUUGCCUUUAUAAUCUACCGGGUUUGGAAGGAUGUUAUCCCAACUGCCCAGCAGAAAAGCCAUAUUUUAAUGAGGACACAAUGGAUUGUGUAGCCCAAUGUGGUUGCUAUGAUGAUGAAGGAAAUCACUACCCACCAGGAACCCCUGUUCCCAGCAAGAAAAAUUGCCAGACAUGUGUAUGCAGCAUGUCUUCCCUUACUGAAUGCAAGUAUGAUACGGCAGCUUGCUACUGUAUGUACAAUGGCACCAAAUACAAUUAUAAUGAUGUGAUUUACACCAAAGGGUGUCUCAGUGCCAUUUGUAAAGAAAAUGGAACCAUCCUGGAAAAUAUUUUGUGCAACUCGACAACUCCAACUACAUCUGUAUUUAGCACCACAUCAACCUCAACUGUUACUACUUCCACACCUACUGUAACACCAACAAUCUGUGUUGAGGGACACUGUGAAUGGUCUGAUUGGAUUGAUUCAAGUUAUCCUGGAUCAACACCUGGCAGUGGAGAUUUUGAAACAUAUAAGAACAUUAGAGCCAAAGGAUACCCUAUCUGUAAUCAACCAGAAGAAUUAGAAUGCAGAGCUCAUCGAUUCCCAGAUACAUCACUAAGUGAUUUAGGGCAGGAUGUGCAAUGUAAUGUUUCCUUUGGACUGAUAUGUAACAAUAAAGACCAGCUGCCACCAAUUUGCUACAACUAUGAGAUUAGGGUCAAAUGCUGUGACUUUAGGCCAUGUAGCACAACAACAACAACAGCGACUACAACUCCAACCACAACUGAAACAACAACUUCAACCACAACUGAAACAACAACUCCAACCACAACUGAAACAACAACUCCAACCACAACUGAAACUACAACUCCAACAACAACAGAGACUACAACUCCAACAACAACAGUGACUACAACUCCAACCACAACUACAACUUCAACAACAACAGAAACUACAACUCCAACAACAACAGUGACUACAACUCCAACCACAACUGAAACAACAACUCCAACCACAACUUCAACAACAACAGAAACUACAACUCCAAUAACAACAGAAACGACAACUUCAACAACAGAAACUACAACUCCAACAACAACAAUCUGUGUUCCGAAAGUCUGUGAGUGGUCUGAUUGGAUUGAUUCAAGUUAUCCUGGAUCAACACCUCGCAGUGGAGAUUUUGAAACAUAUAACAACAUUAGAGCCAAAGGAUACCCUAUCUGUAAUCAACCAGAAGAAUUAGAAUGCAGAGCUCAUCGAUUUCCAGAUACAUCACUAAGUGAUUUAGGGCAGGAUGUGCAAUGUAAUGUUUCCUUUGGACUGAUAUGUAACAAUAAAGACCAGCUGCCACCAAUUUGCUACAACUAUGAGAUUAGGGUCAAAUGCUGUUACAUUAGGCCAUGUCACACAUCGACAACUGAAAUUACCCCUACAACUCUAACAACCACAGAAAUUACAACUCUAACAACAACAGGAACUACAACUCCAACAACAACAGAGACUACAACUCCAACAACAACAGUGACUACAACUCCAACCACAACUGAAACAACAACUCCAACCACAACUGAAACAACAACAGAAACUACAACACCAACCACAACAGAAACUACAAUUUCUACUACUGCAAUAACCACAACAGAAAUGUCAACUAGCUCAUACUGUAGACCACUGUGCAAUUGGACUGAUUGGAUUGAUGUUGAUGCACCAGGUUUGGGGAGUGGUGAAGGAGAUUUUGAAACCUAUGAAAAAAUGAAUGCAGCAGGAAUAAAUGUUUGUGAGGAGCCAGCUGAUAUUCAGUGUAGAGCAGAAAAAUACCCUAAAGCUCCAAUUGAUAACAUCGAUCAGGUUGUGCAGUGUAAUGUAAAAACUGGCUUUAUUUGCAAAAAUGAAGAGCAAAAGGGUGAUUUUAAAGAAUGUUUUAACUACCAAGUGAAAAUAUUAUGUUGUGACAAUAGUCAUUGUUUACCAACCACCACAAUGACCACAAUAUCUACACCUAUUUCAACUACUUUGACAACCACAACUUCCACCACUACCCCUACAGUCACACCAACAACAAUCUGCGUUGAGGAACACUGUGAAUGGUCUGAUUGGAUCGAUAAAAGCUAUCCUGAACCAACACCUAACAGUGGAGAUUUUGAAACAUAUAAGAACAUUAGAGCCAAAGGAUACCCUAUCUGUAAUCAACCAGAAGAAUUAGAAUGCAGAGCUGAAAGAUUCCCAGAUACAUCACUAAGUGAUUUAGGGCAGGAUGUGCAAUGUAAUGUUUCCUUUGGACUGAUAUGUAACAAUAAAGACCAGCUGCCACCAAUUUGCUACAACUAUGAGAUUAGGGUCAAAUGCUGUGACUUUAGGCCAUGUAGCACAUCAACAACUGUAAUUACCCCUACAACUACAACUCCAACAACAACAGUGACUACAACUCCAACCACAACUACAACUUCAUCAACAACAGAAACUACAACUUCAAUAACAACAGAAACUACAACUUCAACAACAGAGACUACAACUCUAACAACAACAGAAACUACAACUCCAACAACAACAGAAACGACACCUCCAACAACAACAGAGACUACAGCUCCAACAACAACAGUGACUACAACUCCAACCACAACUGAAACAACAACUCCAACCACAACUACAACUACAACUAUAACUACAACUCCAAACACAACAGAAACUACACCUCUAACAACGACGGAAACUACAACUCUAACCACAACAAAAACUACAACUUCAACAACAACAGAAACUACAACUCCAACCACAACAAAAACUACAACAGAAACAACAACAACUCCAACAACAACUACAACUUCAACAACAACAGAAACUCCAACCACAACAAAAACUACAACAGAAACAUCAACAGUUUCAACUACUCCAAUAACUACUCCAACAACAACAACUGGUUGUGAGCCUGAUAAAAUGCCUAAUGAAAGCUGGCGAAUUGACAACUGCACAACAGCCACAUGUCUUGGAAACAAUAUUGUAACUUUAAACUCAGUAAAAUGCCCAGAAGUGAAAGAGCUAACCUGUGUUAAUGGUUUUCCUCCAAUCAAAGUCUACAGUGAAGAUGGCUGCUGCUUCCAUUAUGAAUGUCAAUGUGUCUGCAGUGGCUGGGGAGACCCUCAUUAUAUCACCUUUGAUGGAAUAUACUACACAUUCCUAGAUAACUGCACCUAUGUCCUUGUGCAACAAAUCAUACCAAAAUAUGAUAACUUCCGUGUCUUAGUCGAUAACUAUUUUUGUGCAGCUUCAGAUGGAUUGUCCUGUCCACAGUCUAUUAUUAUAUACUAUAAAAACAAUGAGGUGUUGCUGACACGUCAGCUGUUUCAAGGAAAGAUGGCAAACAGGAUUAGAUUCAACAAUGACUGGACAACUCCAGGAUUCACUACGAAUGGCAUUACUGUUACCAGUGCCGGUAUAAACAUGAUUGUGGAAAUCCCUGAAAUUGGUGCCUACAUCUCAUUUAGUGGAAUGAUCUUUUUAAUUAAACUUCCGUACAGCAAGUUUGGUUACAAUACAGAAGGCCAAUGUGGCACGUGCUCCAACAACCUCACAGAUGAAUGCAGAUUGCCAGAUGGGGCGAUUGUGCAAGACUGUAGUAAAAUGGCUAAUGAGUGGAAGGUGAAUGUGCCUGAGAAACCAUACUGCAACCUUACAAAACCAACACUUCCACCAUAUACGUCAACUCCAGUGUCACCAACACGUUCAACACAUGGGACUACUCCAGUGCCACCAACCUGUCCACCUUCCCUUAUCUGUAAUGUCAUCUUAAGCGAGAUCUUUGCUGAUUGCCAUGAAAUAAUCCCUCCAAAGCAUUACUACGAGGGUUGUGUUUUUGAUUCCUGUCGAGCUGGGAAUGAAUCAAUGCAAUGCGCCAGUUUAGAAGUUUAUGCAUCUCUGUGUAUUUCCAAUGGAGUCUGUGUCAACUGGAGGAACAAAACAAAUGGCCUUUGUCCAUACAACUGUCCUAAUGGAAUGGUCUACAAUGCUUGUGGUCCAGUGCAUCCAGAUACUUGUGAUCAGAGGGAUAUAAAUAAUGGUGACAAUUAUGUGACUGAAGGCUGCUACUGUCCCAGUGGAACCACACUCUUCAACUCCUAUAGCAGCUUCUGUGUUCCAGACAAUUGUGAGGUUUGCAAUGGACCUGGUGGAAGUCCUAUGCAUGUUGGAGAUUCCUGGACCAGUGGCUGCAACGUCUGCAAGUGUCAGAGGACCCCUCUUUCUGUCAAGUGUGAGCCGCUCCCAUGUAGUGAACCUGAAAUUCAGACCUGCGAUAAGGAUGGCUUUGUUCUUGAGGAAGCGCUUAACCUUACCAACCCCUGCUGCAAGGAGAACAAAUGCGUGUGUAUGCCUAGCAAAUGUUCUAACAAUGAAAAAAGCUGUCCUCCUGGAUUUCAAGCAGUUUCGGCUGUCAUGGAAGGAGAUUGCUGCCCUUCAUUCAGUUGCAAACCCAUGAACGUCUGUGUUGUGGAUAAUACUGUAUACCAGCCUGGGGACUUUUUCACAAGAUCCUGUGAUAAUUGUCAGUGCACAGCUGAAAAGGAUAUCAGCACCUCUCUAAACAAGGUUAUCUGCAGUGCAAUCCAAUGCAAUAAAGACUGUGAUGAGGGAUAUGAAUACCAACAAGCUGAUGGAAAAUGCUGUGGAUCAUGUAUACAGACAAAAUGCAUAGUGAAAAAAAGUGAUAAUUCCACUAUAACCCUAAAGCCUGGAGAGUCCUAUACCCCAGACAAUGAGGCAUGUACCAUCUAUACAUGUACAUCUAAUUAUCAAGUGGAAACAACAAAGGAAUCCUGUUCAAUAAAUGCAGCAGAUUGUAAAAAGGGAUUCAAAUAUGUCAUAGACGAAGGACAAUGCUGUGGAAAAUGUGAACCUGUGAGAUGUGUCAUUUAUAUGGACGACAACUCCACCAAAACUCUAUUGCCUGGUGAGACCUACACUCCAGAAGAUGACAAGUGCACUACCUAUAGUUGUACACCAAACUAUCAAGUGACAUCUGAGAAGGAAAAAUGCGCCGUUACUGAACAAUCUGAUUGCCCACAGGGAUAUGCAUACCAAAGUGCUGCUGAUGGUGAAUGCUGUGGAAACUGUACACAAGUGGCGUGUGUACUGGAAAUGAGUGACAACUCUAUUAAAGUCUUGCAGCCUGGUGAGACCUACACUCCAGAAGAUGACAAGUGCACUACCUAUAGUUGUACACCAAACUAUCAAGUGACAUCUGAGAAGGAGAAAUGCGCCGUUACUGAACAAUCUGAUUGUCCACAGGGAUAUGCAUACCAAAGAGCUGCUGAUGGUGAAUGCUGUGGAAAUUGUACACAAGUGGCGUGUGUACUGAAAAUGAGUGAUAACUCCAUUAAAGUCUUGCAGCCUGGUGAGACCUACACUCCAGAAGAUGACAAGUGCACUACCUAUAGUUGUACAUCAAACUAUCAAGUGACAUCUGAGAAGGAGAAAUGCGCCGUUACUGAACAAUCUGAUUGUCCACAGGGAUAUGCAUACCAAAGAGCUGCUGAUGGUGAAUGCUGUGGAAACUGUACACAAGUGAAGUGUGUACUGAAAAUGAGUGAUAACUCCAUUAAAGUCUUGCAGCCUGGUGAGACCUACACUCCAGAAGAUGACAAGUGCACUACCUAUAGUUGUACACCAAACUAUCAAGUGACAUCUGAGAAGGAGAAAUGCGCCGUUACUGAACAAUCUGAUUGUCCAAAGGGAUUCAAAUAUGUCACAGAAGAAGGACAAUGCUGUGGGAAGUGUGUACCUGUGGCAUGUGUCAUGUACAAUAAGGACAACUCCACCACAGUUAUUAAGCCUGGUGAGACCUACACUCCAGAAGAUGACAAGUGCACUACCUAUAGUUGUACAUCAAACUAUCAAGUGACAUCUGAGAAGGAGAAAUGCGCCGUUACUGAACAAUCUGAUUGCUCACAGGGAUAUGCAUACCAAAGAGCUGCUGAUGGUGAAUGCUGUGGAAACUGUACACAAGUGAAGUGUGUACUGAAAAUGAGUGAUAACUCCAUUAAAGUCUUGCAGCCUGGUGAGACCUACACUCCAGAAGAUGACAAGUGCACUACCUAUAGUUGUACACCAAACUAUCAAGUGACAUCUGAGAAGGAGAAAUGCGCCGUUACUGAACAAUCUGAUUGCCCACAGGGAUAUGCAUACCAAAGAGCUGCUGAUGGUGAAUGCUGUGGAAACUGUACACAAGUGAAGUGUGUACUGAAAAUGAGUGAUAACUCCAUUAAAGUCUUGCAGCCUGGUGAGACCUACACUCCAGAAGAUGACAAGUGCACUACCUAUAGUUGUACACCAAACUAUCAAGUUACAUCUGAGAAGGAGAAAUGCGCCGUUACUGAACAAUCUGAUUGUCCAAAGGGAUUCAAAUAUGUCACAGAAGAAGGACAAUGCUGUGGGAAGUGUGUACCUGUGGCAUGUGUCAUGUACAAUAAGGACAACUCCACCACAGUUAUUAAGCCCGGUGAGACCUACACUCCAGAAGAUGACAAGUGCACUACCUAUAGUUGUACACCAAACUAUCAAGUUACAUCUGAGAAGGAGAAAUGCUCCGUUACUGAACAAUCUGAUUGCCCACAGGGAUAUGCAUACCAAAGAGCUGCUGAUGGUGAAUGCUGUGGAAACUGUACACCAGUGGAGUGUGUACUGAAAAUGAGUGAUAACUCCAUUAAAGUCUUGCAGCCUGGAGAGACCUAUACCCCAGAAAAUGACGUGUGCACCAUCUAUACAUGUACAUCUGAUUAUCAAGUGGAAACAACAAAGAAAUCCUGUUCAUUAAAUGCAGCAGAUUGUAAAAAGGGAUUCAAAUAUGUCACAGAAGAAGGACAAUGCUGUGGGAAGUGUGUACCUGUGGCAUGUGUCAUGUACAAUAAGGACAACUCCACCACAGUUAUUAAGCCUGGUGAGACCUACACUCCAGAAGAUGACAAGUGCACUACCUAUAGUUGUACACCAAACUAUCAAGUGACAUCUGAGAAGGAGAAAUGCUCCGUUACUGAACAAUCUGAUUGUCCACAGGGAUUCAAAUAUGUCACAGAAGAAGGACAAUGCUGUGGGAAGUGUGUACCUGUGGCAUGUGUCAUGUACAAUAAGGACAACUCAACCACAGUUAUUAAGCCUGGUGAGACCUACACUCCAGAAGAUGACAAGUGCACUACCUAUAGUUGUACACCAAACUAUCAAGUGACAUCUGAGAAGGAGAAAUGCGCCGUUACUGAACAAUCUGAUUGUCCACAGGGAUUCAAAUAUGUCACAGAAGAAGGACAAUGCUGUGGGAAGUGUGUACCUGUGGCAUGUGUCAUGUACAAUAAGGACAACUCCACCACAGUUAUUAAGCCUGGUGAGACCUACACUCCAGAAGAUGACAAGUGCACUACCUAUAGUUGUACACCAGACUAUCAAGUGACAUCUGAGAAGGAGAAAUGCGCCGUUACUGAACAAUCUGAUUGUCCACAGGGAUAUGCAUACCAAAGAGCUGCUGAUGGUGAAUGCUGUGGAAACUGUACACAAGUGGCGUGUGUACUGGAAAUGAGUGAUAACUCCGUUAAAGUCUUGCAGCCUGGUGAGACCUACACUCCAGAAGAUGACAAGUGCACUACCUAUAGUUGUACACCAAACUAUCAAGUGACAUCUGAGAAGGAGAAAUGCGCCGUUACUGAACAAUCUGAUUGUCCACAGGGAUUCAAAUAUGUCACAGAAGAAGGACAAUGCUGUGGGAAGUGUGUACCUGUGGCAUGUGUCAUGUACAAUAAGGACAACUCCACCACAGUUAUUAAGCCUGGUGAGACCUACACUCCAGAAGAUGACAAGUGCACUACCUAUAGUUGUACACCAAACUAUCAAGUUACAUCUGAGAAGGAGAAAUGCGCCGUUACUGAACAAUCUGAUUGCCCACAGGGAUAUGCAUACCAAAGAGCUGCUGAUGGUGAAUGCUGUGAAACUGUAACUAUGGAAAUAUCACUUGUAGGACAUUUACAUCCAUAAAGACUGUUAACCAUAUUGGUCCCU